CUAUCAUUCCGCUGUUAAAACUCGACUCGACCCUUUCUGAUCUAUUUUUCUGUUUUCUGCUUUUCUUUCACCGAAACCCUUUUUCCUCUUCUUCCAUUACCAGCCAACAGAGUCGGUGACAGAAAAGGAGCAACCUCGAUUCCAAUAAGGUGAAUUCCGAUGACGACCGCUGCACGACCUACAUGGGCACCUGCUAAAGGUGGCAACGAACAAGGUGGUACUCGAAUUUUCGGUCCCUCACAAAAAUACUCGUCCAGGGACAUUGCAUCGCACACUACUCUCAAACCUAGAAAAGAUGGGCAGGACACACAAGACGAAUUAAAGAGAAGGAACCUACGUGAUGAAUUGGAAGACCGUGAACGGAGGCAUUUCUCAUCAAAAAAUAAAUCUUAUAAUGAUGACAGGGAUCAUGGAAAGGGUGGCCAUCUGUUCUUGGAAGGAACAAGGAGAGAUAUUGAAGACCACAUUGUUGCACGAAGUGUCGAUGCAGAUGAUUCUGAUGUUGAAGUCAAAAGUGAUGAUGAGAGUGAUGAUGACGAGGAUGAUGAGGAUGACACUGAAGCAUUACUGGCUGAGCUUGAACAAAUAAAGAAGGAAAGAGCAGAGGAAAAGCUACGAAAGGAACGACAACAACAGGAGGAAGAGCUUAAAGUAAAAGAGGCUGAGCUUCUGCGAGGAAACCCAUUGCUCAAUAAUUCAACGUCUUUCAAUGUGAAAAGAAGGUGGGAUGAUGAUGUGGUGUUUAAGAACCAAGCCCGUGGUGAAACCAAAGCUGCUAAGCGAUUCAUAAAUGACACCAUCAGGAAUGAUUUCCAUAGGAAGUUCCUGCAAAAAUACAUGAAGUAAAUCUGUGUCUGAAGUCUCGGUUGUUUGGAAUCAUCGGAACUUAUUAAUUUUCUGUUUGUAUUUAAGUGUAAGAUUCACCGUUGAUGGAUAUAUGAUUUUCUUAUAAUGUAUCUCGGCAUGCUACUCAUAGUUGCUGCUCUACGUUUGUUAAUGCCACUUAGGUUUAAAUAUCUGGGUCACAAUUAAUCUUUAGGGUUUCCCAAUCCGAACCUCUUGUCAGCGUACUUUCAUGCAUAUAUUUUAUCUUUAGUUGGGUUGAAACCCGUCAGGUUUCAAUCCAUAAACAUUCAACAAGGUUGUCUCACUCUUCCCCCUAUAUGAUUUGUUGUUCUAUAUACCCU